GCGGAGGGGCAGCAAAGUUGAACACGGUGCCUCAAAGUAAGCCACAACAAGUGCACUCUGAACAAGUAUCGAGACUUUUAUAUUUUUUAUUCUACUCCCAGCGGGUUUACAUCAGUUAUAUCUCGCUUUUGGCUUCGGCGUCAACGUUUACAUUUCUGCUCCGGUUGAAAUGUUUGACGGACCGGAGCGUCUUGCCCUGUAACCGUUGGGAUGAGUGAGACAAAGAGGAUGGAUGCAGCCUGAGAAGACGCCAACUGGCUUCUUCCCCAUCUUUGUGACAGGAUAAAGUCACUGAAAUGUGGUCAACUCGGUUAAAGGUUUGUCUUUUCAGUUAACUUGACGGCUCCGUCGACGACAGAAAGUAAGUUAGCUUAAAAAAACGUUUGCUAACUUAAAGUGCUGGCGUCAUACAGCUAACCGUUAACAUGUGUUUAACGGUUAAAGUCAACCGUUGGACUCUUUUGGCUUGACGACAGUCCUGGCUUCUUCUUGUAGGGGAUUUCACAUGCGCUAACUUACAAGCCUCCAAGAAAUGUCAGAAGUCAGGGUCAGUGGAGAGCCUGAACCUGUCGUCACUGUGUUUCCUUAAGAGGACUUGAGAUGCUUAAGUGCUUCUGACAGUAAAGAGUGUUUCUAACAUACAGACACCCUGCUGUCUCUAGUUAUGUACUCACAGUGUCUCCAUUGCUCUGGCCACAACUAAUAGAUGUAUCUAAUUUGGAGGAUUGAACUUGGACCAGAGUUCUGCACAUCCUCCCUGCAGCUGUGUGACUGGAGACGAUGAUGCACACCUAAGGUAGGCCUCCUCUUCCUCCUUGUAUCUUGUCUUAAGAUGACCCAGGGGCCAAACCUCGUCCUGGAGUGGCUCUCGAAGCUCCACUUGUCCCAGUAUGUGGAGUCAUUCAUUGACAAUGGCUAUGAUGAUUUGGAAGUUUGCAAGCAGAUUGGGGAGCCAGACCUGGACGCCAUAGGUGUCCACAUUCAGUACCACAGACACCGGCUGCUCACAGCAGUGCACAGGCUGAAAGAUGAGGAUGAACAGAAAACACCUGGUUACUAUUUCACCUUAGAGCCUCUGGAUCCGUCUACUUGCAACCACUCUGCACACUCAAACAGAGGAGAUGACUUGAGGAGUAUGAGGUCAAAGGCACAGACCAUAGGGAUACACAAGGCCUCCUGUCCUGGAAACCAUGACCCCAGAUUCACUGAUUGUAAUGACUUUGUGACGUAUCCCAAACUGAAGCUGAAGGUGCUGCUGAGGGAUAAACUUGCAAAAGAUGGCAUCAACCUGGGAGAAGCACCUUACACCCAUAAGGAUGGCUCGGUGGGGAACCUUGAUGACCUGGCGCAGGAGUAUUCUCAGUAUUACGGCACCUCCCUCAGCGACGUGUGUGAAAGGAUGGAGGAGCUACGGAAACGCAAAGUAGUACAAGAUGCAGAGAUGGGAACAGUUGACUCAGUGGCCACAUCACUGCAGCUCCGCUCUCAGAUACAGGAAUCCCUUGGACUCAGCAGCACCACGUCCACUCCAGAGACUGAGAGAAGGUUUCCUGUGCACAAAUCAAGCUCUGAUGAUGGAUCGGGAGGAAAAUGGGAUGGAAAGAGAAAGAGCAAGUCUUUUUGGCAGAGUUUUCGAAAGUCACAGAAAGGAGUGUUGCGUCAGAUUUCAAAAGGUGACGAUGUUGGUUUUGUGGCCAGUGAAAUCACCAUGAGUGAUGAAGAGCGUAUCCAGCUGAUGAUGAUGGUGAAGGAGAAUAUGAUCUCCAUAGAGGAAGCCCUGGCACGGCUGAAGGAGUUUGAGGUACAAAACAGACAGACAUGCAGGUCCGAUCCCACAGAGUGGACCGAUCCCUCCAGUCCCACCGCAAAUGAGUCAUUCAACUGCAACCCUUGUGACCUGUCAGACAAUGAACAAGAGGAAUCUGUGACGUUCAGGAGGCUCCACAAACUGGUCAACUCGACCCGGAAGGUGAAGAAGAAGCUGAUCAGAAUCGAUGAGUCUAAGAGGCCCGGAGCAGAGGAGACUCUAAUGACAGAUGGCCCUCCGUGUGGAGAUGGCAACACCUCCUUGUACUCAGGUGUACAGAAGAAGCUUGCCACUUGCCCCGUGGAUUCCCUCGCUUCAGCUCUGCGGGACCAGCUCACCUACGACCGGGACUCUGACAGCCUGACCACCUCCCCUUCCUCCAGCAGCCUGGACACCUGCAGCAGCCAGAAGAUCUUCCAGGCCUUUAGCAAGUCUAGCGGGAGCCCCGUUCAUCAGGAGACAAGCGUAGCAGGGGAGGUGAGGGAGUUAGUUAAAGGCAGCGGCUCUUCCUUUUCUGAAACGGAGGUUUGCAACGAUGAGGAACCCAAAAUCGCUCGCUCAGUGACCGAUGGGGAGCUCCGUCACCGGAUCCUCAGCCCGCUCAGCCACCAUGGGAGAGCUUGUAGCUUUGGAGGAUUUGACCUGACCAACCGCUCACUGCACACAGUCGUCUCUGACAUCGAUAACACUAAUAAAGACGGAGGCGGUGUGAGAGAUCCCGUCAAGUCUCCACCGACAUCUCGUAUUUCCCUGGGCAAAAAAGUCAAGUCUGUGAGAGAAACUAUGAGAAAACACAUAUCCAAGAGAUACCACAGUUCUCUCUCUGAACAGUCAAGCCCAGACCGCAUCUCCAGCUGCCCUCACUCGCCUCAGAUAGACUCUGACUCUUUGGAGAAGCCCAAACUGAAACCAGGAGGCUCUGUGGAAAGCCUGAGGAGUUCCCUCAGCGGACAAAGCUCCAUGAGCGGUCAGACUGUGGGCACCACUGACUCCUCUAACAGCAACAGAGAGAGCGUGAAAUCUGAGGAUGGGGAGGAGGAUGAGCUGCCGUACCGCGGACCCUUCUGUGGACGCGCUCUAGUUCACACUGACUUCACCCCCAGUCCCUACGACACAGACUCCCUCAAACUGAAGAGCGGAGACGUAAUCGAUGUCAUCAGUAAGCCUCCAAUGGGUACGUGGAUGGGGAUGCUCAAUGGUAAAGUCGGCACCUUCAAGUUUAUUUAUGUGGACGUCCUGAAUGAAGAGGAGGUGAAGCCCAAAAAGACGCGCAGGAGGAGGAAGGCCCGGCAACCCAAACCCACAUCAGUAGAGGAGCUCCUCGAUCGCAUCAACCUCAAAGAGCAUCUUCCCACCUUCCUUUUUAAUGGCUACGAGGAUCUGGACACAUUCAAGUUGCUGGAGGAGGAGGACCUGGACGAGCUGAACAUCAGAGACCCUCAGCACAGAGCUGUGCUGCUCACUGCUGUGGAGCUGCUGCAGGAGUAUGAUGGUGGGUCAGGAAGCAGCGACCCAGAGCGAGGCAGUCAGUCUGGAGGCACACAGGAGAAGCUGCUCCUGGACAGGCGUGGCCUCUCAGGAGACUCCCCACGAGACUCCGGCUGCUACGAGAGCAAUGAGAACCUGGAGAACGGAAGGGACAAAAAGACAUCUUCAUCCAUCAGCAGGUCCUCUUCUGGUUUUGAGUCGAGCCACCUCCCGUCACCAGAGUUCCCAGCCCGCCCCCAGACCCUGACCUCCACCAGCUCUCGUAAGACUUCACUCCAAAGUAAACCAGGACGUCUGCCCUGUAUCUUACCACCACUAAGACCUCCAAAACCCAGCUUCAGUCUCCUAAGGGGUUAUCUUCCCAGUGGAGCCAUUGCUCGGAGCCAGAGCUGCAUGGAGCUGAGAAGAAGCCGAGCACCAGAUCUGCUGAGGCGAAGCUUCUCCCUGACUGUCCUCCACAAAGUGCAGCAGAGAAGACUGAGGAAUCUGACCUCCAGCGCCAAGACUGGGAGCAGACAGCACGCAGUAAAUCCUCCAAAACAUUGUGAGGUCAUGUCUGCGUCCUCCCAAUCUUCAACCACGUCAUGUAAAGCUGUGUGCAGCACUUUCAGCAAAGACACAGCAAAAGUGUGUGUUCCUAAACAAGCAGAAAGAACACAAAUCACACACCUCCAGCUGCCAGCAGAGAGGUCCAAUCAUCCUUUAACUCCACUCUCCUCACCAAACCCACACCCAGAGCCUGUGCUAACAGAGACCACCUGCACAAACCACAUCUCCUCAGAGGAGAAGGUGAGUCGCUCAUUUUCAGCCACUUAUGAAGCGCGCCGGCUGAAAAUGAGGAGAAGUCAGAAGACAUCCAAACCUGGGCUCCCUGACUUAAGACAGACUCCAGGUGCAGGGUGUUGAUCUCAAAAUGGAGCCACUUUCUGACAAAGUGUUGGACUCAAGAGGACAGUGAACUGUCACUUCACAGAUGAUAAUAGAUGCUGUUGGAUGAUGAUCAACUUUAAACCAUGUUGUUGUUUUCAGAAUGUUUGAAAUACAGUUUUUUAUUUCAGAUAACCAAUGAUUUCUGUAAAUGUACCCAUGUUUGUAGUGUGCCAUGAAACAUGUUCAUCUGAGGACUGUUUGCAAAUGGAUUACUGUAUCUUUGGUGCAUUUUUACACAGCAACCAUGAAUUAUAAUACAAUAAAUAUAAAUGCACCAUUGUCACUUUUAAUAGUUUUAAGUGGAUAAAACCCAACACAAAGUUUUCUCAGUUAAUUUCAAAAUCAUAUAUCCGAGCAAACAGCCUGGAAGCAUUAAUUCUCCCUCAUGAAACUUACCUAAAGUUUACACAG